ACACGAAAUGAAGUCAAGAAAAAUGUGGUAAUAAUAAACAGUGAUUUUUGAGGGAUGCCUCAAUCAUAAUAUUCUCGUAACAGGACAUUGAUUAGUGCAACAAAAUGGACUAGCAUUGUAAUUCAUGUUUCACAAUUUUAUGACUGGCUUCAGUGGCUUGCCUCAUUCAAUUUUUGAUGCUAACUUUUCUAUAGUUAAGUUCUCAAUCUCUUGUUCAUCAUUCUCUACUCUAUUUUUAACGUGGAUAUUUUAAAGGAGUUGAAAGUUAAUUUCUAUACAUAUAGUCUGGUUGCCCCCUAGUCAACUGGACAUGAGCAAAAAAUGUGGCUUGAUGUGGAAGCUAUUUCAAUAUCAUAGCUGAAAUGCUCAAGAAAACAUAUAUUGAUGAAAAUGAAGAUGUGUAGUAUUUAUAUAUAGAUGAGUAUGGACUUAGUUAAACCCGACUUGAGCAUUCUUCUGUACCUGCCUAAUUUGAUAGGAUAUGUUCGUCUUGUGUGUGUGGUUGCUGCAUUCUGGCUGCUGACAUUGGGGCAUAAUGGAUGCUUUGUCAUCUUUUAUGCUGUGUCUAUCAUACUAGAUGGAAUUGAUGGCUGGGUCGCUCGUAAACUGCAACAAUGUUCACAAUUUGGGGCCUGGCUGGAUGUUGUGAUUGACAAUACAAGCCGAGCACUCCUGUGGGCCCACAUACACCCAAUGGGCACCUUAGUGUCAGCACUAGAGUGGACUGUGUUUGUGUGUAAUCAUCAGCUGGGGGAAAAUUGGCGCACUCACCUGUCAUCUGAUGUCUAUGGUAGUCUCUCAUCAAUCAGCCUUGGUGAGUCAACAUUUUCAGUACACUCUAACCUCAUUGGCACAAAAAGAAGUGGCAAGAAAAGCCCUGUUGGGUCAACUGCUAAUUCUGUGCUUAGGAAGCAAGCUGACAUCUGCCAACCUCCUCAAUUGGUUCAAUGGAUUUUGAAAAAUGACUUCAGGUCGCCAGGAGGCGUGUGGGCAGUGGCGGGGCUACACGUCCUCCCUCUAUGGCUGGCUGGGCUGAAAUACAAGGUGUUCCAGACAAGCCUGUACUUCCUCCCAGACUUAGUGCCUUUUUGGGGUUUGUGCGUGCUGGUACUGGGACGCCUGCUGUGUGCCUAUGCUGAGCUGUGGUGUCUGUGGCAUCACAUCGUCCUCUUGACCACGCAUGCUGUUCACCCACGCUGAGCUGUGGUGUCUGUGGCAUCACAUCAUCCUCUUGAACAAGCAUACCACCUCCAAACACCAACACACUCCUCACCUCCAAACCCCAACACACUCCUCACCCCCAAACAAACAUGAUUCUCAUUCAUGCCAUUCUUAUUUGAUCUCAAAGCAGUUUACAAUGACCUCUCGUAUAGCCAGUGUAACUUCCAUCAUUUCUGUAUGUGUUGCAUUUUUGUCAUUGGCUAAGGUAGAGGAAUAGUUAGUUAAUUAGUAUGUAAAAGAUUACUCAUCACAUACACCAUAGCAAAUAUUAGAGUAGAUUAGGUCUUUAGUGGAACAAACCAAAGUAUUCUUCACGUGAAUGCAAUCUCAAGACACUAUAUUUAAGUAGUUCCAGAGUUUUCUCAUAUAUCUCUUAUUAUUAUUUAAAUUAAUAGUGUCAGCGCUCAAAUAUUAAUAUAAACAAACCCAGUAUAUUUAUGAGCCUAGCCAUAAGGUUGUUUAUUUUAUACCCUGCUUGUAAUAUGCAAAUUUUAUUGUUUAACUCAGUUACUUGCAUCACUUGUACCUGACUGGACAUUGCAACCUGUCGUUAAUUAACACACAGUCAAUAAGUGUGACUGUGUUCAUUAUAACGUCAGUAGCGUAGAUAGACAUUGUAUGGGAAUUAGUGAACUUCUAAAAGAAUUAAGCUUGAUUUGUAGCAAUUAAUUAGUAGUUUCCUCGGCAGCUCAUUAGUACGUUCUAGUUGAAGCUUAGUUCUACCUGUUGUCACAUGUUUUGCCAUUUUCCCUGCUGCCAAGAUUAUUCAGAGUUCUCUUUAUAUUCUAAUCUAAAUCAUCCAUAGACUUUUACAUAGACAUAUACUUAGGUAGACUUUGACAUAGACAUAUGUAGACUUUUAUAAAGACAUAGACUUUUGUAAAGACAUAAACUUAAAUAGACUUUUACAUAGACAUAGGCUUACAUAGGCUUUUAUAUAGACAUAGACUUGCGUAGACUUUUACAUAGACAUCAACUUGCAUAAACUUUUAUGUAGACAUAGACUUGCAUAAACUUUUACAUAGACAUUGACUUACAUAGACAUAGUCACAUAGAUGUAGACUUAUGCGGCCUUAAAAUAGACUUGCAUAAACUUUUACAUAGGUAUAGACUUACGUAGACUUUUACAUAUACAUAAACUUACAUUGACAUAGACUUAUGUAGACUCUUACAUAGACUUAGACUUACAUAGAAUUUCGCAUUGAUAUAGACUUACAUAGACUUUUACAUAGACAUAUACUUACAUAGACUUUUACAUAGACAUAGACUUACAUAGACUUUUACCACAUUCAACUCCUGCAAGUGAGCACAUUUUCAACAAAUUUGUUGCCGUGUUGUGCUCAGGCUUUCUCUACUUGCAAUGAACAUCUUUUACUCAGAGAUAUAAUCCAUGGUGUUAACUUUUGAAUAUUCUCUCUAUUACUAAGUUUUUUUUCUUAAUCUCUAGACAGAGAUCUUUAUUUUAUACGGAAAGGUAUUCAUUAAGAUAAUUAUUCUAUUCAAUUGGAAUAACUUCCUAUGCGUGAUGCAACCUGUAGACAAAUGACGAUGCAGAUUCUAUUAAUUUAAAGCCUCUCGUAUGUGUGCAAUGCCUCUUAUUUAAUGUGAAAUAGCCUCAAGUACAUUGUUAUUUACUAUGUUGCAGGGACUGCUGUGAUUCUGGUAACACUGUUCUAUGUAUCAGUAAUUUCUCUCGUGUUUAUCUUAGAUAUUUAUGGGACGAUUGAUUAUUUCUUAAAUUAAAUUCUCUAUUAAUGUUGAACUCACCGCAGGUUGAUCACAAGCAACAAGAUUACCAGUCUCCCAUAUUAAACUCACUACUAAUCUGUACUAUUAGUGCUUUAUUACCGCACCAGUCAUGAAGACAUCACAUCCUGCAACGGUCGUAAAAGGAGACAGUUCGGUGAGACUCAACUUUACCUCUCAGCUAAGGCCCGCAGUCGGUUACUUUUCAGCUGACAAAUGACGUUGAAACAAUGUUUGAUUAACAAGGGUUCAACGAAGCAACGUUCAAUUCAACGUCCAAUUUCCGGUGGGUUAGAGUGGUCUGAGCUGGGGUGCUGGCACGCGUCAUUGAACCCUCCUGUUAGAGAAUUUGUCAUUUAAGGAUUUGUUGUAAAUCCAUAAAAGCGCAAAUAUAGUAUGGAGUUUGUCGUGUAUUAGUGUUCGGGAACGGGAAGGCAUGUAUAAGCUGGAUUGCUGUACGGAAGAAAUUUGUUUAGGCAAUUGGGCAUUGUAAAAUUGCAAGGUAAUUAAUAGGUCAUUGAUACUGAAGCCGAUGUACGGACAAUCUCGUGUUUACUUUCUGCUAUUCAUCAAAAAAUAGCAAAGUAUCGUGUUGCAUUUUCGGUGAUGUUUCUGUACGUUAUCCCGGUGAAAGUCUAGUAGCUAUUUCAAACUACCGUCAGUCAUGUAAAGAUCCGGU